AUCAUGCAUGUUCGCGGAAAGGAAGACCUCUAUUUUACUGAAGAAGAUCUCCUUGACAUGUGAGUAAGAAUGACUUCUUGGAACACAGGCAGCCCAAGUGCACAGAAAGAAACGAGUAUUAUCAGAGAUAAAACUCGUUACUUAAUUGCCUAACUCAGUCAUUAGCACAAGUAUUGCGUCACCUGUGUCACGCCACACCCUUGGGGUGUCUGUGGCCAAGACGGCAAAGAUGACUGAGCGCAAACCAUUUCUCAAAAGAUCAUGCAUUCGAUCGUUGUCGGGCUCACGCUUUUAUUUUGUUACUAGAAUUAUAUCUGCAAGAAACUCGUAAGGUAUACAAACCAUCUCUGACAGGUCAAAGUUACAAGUAAAGUCCCUUCCUGUGAAUCUUAAGGGCCGGGGACGUCUGGUUAAAAGAAUUGUUUUUCGUAUAUUUCCGCCCUUUUUCUUAAACACCUAGCCUAGUUUUCAUUUAAUUAAAAAAAGGCUCAAUUGGUUUGCAGUCCUUGGUUCAAUAAUUUUAGGAGAAUUUUUGGAUAAUUUUCUGAAUGUUUUCAAUGCAUAAAAAUUAGAGGGGGAAUUUAACAAUCUUUAGUAAAUCGGAAAAAAUUGGAUUUGAGGGUUGUUAAAAAUUAAAAUAUGAAGUGAAUAAUUAGUAGACAAAUACUGAUUUAUGUGUAACCUUUUGUUUCCUAAUUUAUUUCCUUCCCAAAUCAAGAUAAUUUCCUCCAAAAGACACCCAGACUUUCUCCCCCCUUAAACAAAUGAAGGAUAGUUUUUCAAUUAACAGUUUAUGAUACAUAUGUUAACUCGUAGGUUUAAAGAACUUGACAUGGAUAAGGACGAUAAUGGUAAGUAGUGAAAACAGCAAUGUUGUUAUGAUCACAAACACAGCCUUUACUUCUUGCUUCUUCAAAUAAGUAGUUUACAAUAAUGAAACAUCCUUAUUUAAGUUACGAAGAAAAUAUCUUAUCUUAGCUCCUGAUUAUUUUAAAUGCUAGGAAAAAUUGAUUUCGAAGAAUUCAGCAAAGUAACGGUUCCAGUUAUAAAAGAAUACUUCGACAAAGUACGAAGAACAAAGCCUCGACUGCGCAGUCGCAACAGUAGACAGGUCUGGAUGUUCCACAACGAUCCUAAGUACCCAAUUCUCUCGGAUUUUCAUGGCAGGUAGGAGAAUGGUACCAAUAAGCAAGCCAAUCAAAGUUUUGUUGGCAAAGGAAAAAUUUAGCAGCAGCGAUGAUUACCACAGUGAAAAAUUGCCAGGCUUUCCAGUCCUCUAUGUUGGCUUUUUCUAAUGCACGUCGAAGAUGAAGAGAAAAUUUGAUUUAGGUGAUAUUAUAACCUUAAUUACUGGCCUGUUGAUUAAUUUAUCUUACUUAUAAUUCUUUUAGGUUGUCACGGUUGACUUUUCUCCCUGAAGAGUUCAUAAACAACACAGAACCACUUCAGGUACGUCAGAAUGUUUCAAUUCACUUGACAACUAGGUCAAUCCCUUUCCUCUUUUAAGAAAAUACUGAGGAUUAAAUUAUUGAGUAAAUAUGAAAACAGUUCAUAAAAUCUUUCCAUCUUCGACUUUUCGCCAUCUUUUCUUCAAUUGAUUUUAAACAGCUCUAGCCCGUAGCUCGGGCUUGGAAUAAGCUUUCAACAUGAUUUUGCCUAAGAGCUUGAGUCAGUUCUAUUUCUUUUACCAUAAUAAGCGGUUUUUUCCUUUCAACUUAUGACUGCUUCUACGCCAGGUUGUUAAGUAUGAUGUACACGGACAUUACCACUGUCAUCACGACUCAGACGAAGUGGAUCCCAGUCUUCCGUGUUGCACUUUCUCAACAGAGGAAAACUGCCGACUUUGCAGGUCAGUGGAUUUGUUUGCCAUCUUAUUAGAUGGUGUGGAUUCACUUAGUGAAGUUCAAAAUGAAUUUUAAAAAAUCUCCACUCUAAACUUCACAUAAUUUCAGUGUUUUGAGCCUUUCUUGUAAAUUAUAACGAUACCUAGUCUCAAUUUCGUUUAUUUUUCCUUUCUGGUGACGACAGUUAUCUCACUCUUGUCAUCAUCAUCAUCAUCAUUCUAAUUGCAUUGCAUCCCCUUAAUUUAUCCGACAGAUUUGCAACAGUUUUAAUUUAUCUGAACGAACCAAAACAAGGAGGAGAAACAGCUUUUCCUUUAGCAGGAAAUGAAACCUUUUCCAUGGAGGUGGGUUUGAAAUGGUAUCACUUUCGAUGCGCAUGUGACGUAACGAGAAUGCAGAGGGUUCAAUCAACCACAAGCCUCUGUCACAGCCUUUCCUUUCACCUAUUAAGUAGUAACGAUUAGACCUUUCCCGUGCUUUGCAUUGAUUGUUAUUAUUUAAAACAACCUACGAUAGUUGUAGAUGAUCAUAAAAUCAAGUCUUUAAAGAUGUUUCUGAUCCUGCAGUGUUUGAAAUGGUAUCCUGCCUUUCAAUAAUGUCUAACUUUGGAUAGGCUCUUCAAUUCGACAUUUCUUCCUCUUCCUACAAGGGAUGUUUUAUAUAUCCUAAAAUUGUAAGAAGAGUUAGCAUUUUGAUUAUACAAUAGAGAGGAGAAGUCGUCACGUCACGUUGCCAUUGUAGCAAAAUUUCUGGAUGACAACAAACCGAAAACGUCACUUAAAAAGUGAAUUCGCACUGUUUCCAACCGCAUCGAUCUUAUUCCGUUUCAUUUUAUUUGUCAAAAGUUGGCGAAAUUUUCUGGGAUUUGAAUCCCAAAGGACCGUAUCUAAUUUUAGAAAAAGAAAGUUUUUGUGCUGCGUUCACCUACUCCAUAGAGCGGGCGGGUGAAAUUAGGAAGUUUCAUGUCGCAGUCUUGCAAAGACGGCUAAGAAGUGUACAAAAAAGGCGUGCUGCACGUACAAGGUUGUUGUUUUGCUUAUCUAAACCUCUUGCUUUUUUGUUCUUCUUGUGGGUUUUGUUGCUGUCACCCUCGUCAUUGCUUGAGUUCCCUAUUGUUGUGAUCCAGAAAGUUUGCUACCAUGGUAACGUGAUGUCACAGUUCUCCCUGUUGCUGCUCAUUUUAGGCGUGGACGAGAGGAGAAAAUUGGAAAUGCAACCUCGCUAAGAACUGUCAUCAAAGCAACUUGAUCGUCAAACCCGAAAAAGGAAAAGCCAUCAUGUGGUAUAAUCAUCUACUUGACGAAAAAACGGGUAAAUAUGUGUCACGUUGUACGGCAUAACGAACAAUACCACAGGAUAAAAAAAAACAAUCAAUAAUACUCUUUAAGUAUUCUGCAACCGGAAUGUUUUUAGUCGCUAUUCUUUCUUUCCCCACAUUUAAGGGAUUCCGGUGUCCGGGAAAUUUUUGCUUGUGGAAUCCUGAAUCCUGGAAAUUAUUGUUCGUGGAAUCCUGAAUCCGCCUGGAAAAUUUUACUUGCGGAAUCCAGAAUCCUUGACUUUGGAAUCCGUGAUACACCUCGAGGAAUCCGGAUACCCUAACGAUUGGAAUCCAGAAUCCAGAGAUCGACAGUUUUGAAUACAGAAUCCAAGACUGUCUUGGAUUCACUCACACAUGGGGCGAUUUUUUUGGCACUAUUUAAAGUCAAUUAUCUCACUUACGUUUUAAUUACAAAAGCCGUAAUUUGAGCAAAAAAUCAAAACAAAAGCUUGAUUCUAGCAGCUGAAGUGAAUAUUUAUGGUACGUACAGCUUCAAUUUUCGUUGAAAGAGAAUACUGUUUACUGCCGCUUGAAAUUAAAGCCCUUAGCUUACACUGAGUUUUAGGAGGCCUUAUACACGAAAAAGUGCUUGGGAAAAGCUAUGGCAGUGCUCAUCAAACUACGUUUUUCACUUCCUGCUUUAAUUUUCAUUUCAGCUUCAAAACGGCAAAUUCAAUGGAAUUCAUAUCAAUACAUUUGGAGAGGGGUUUAUAUUCUGGGGGCUUAUAACCGGAUGUCUAUUUUUGUUCACAGGUAGAUGGGGCUAUAACUCGGGGAGGCUUAUAAGUGGGGGGCUUAUACUGGGGAGGCUUAAAAAUUGGGGGCUAUAACUGGGGAGGCUUAUAAGUGGGGGCUAUAACUGGGGGGGGAGGCUUAUAAUUGGGGGCUAUAAUUGGGGGCUUCAGGUGGGGGGGCUAUAACUAAAAACUGGGGGCUAUAACUGGGGGGCUUAGAAGUGGGGGCUAUAACUGGUGGGGCUUAUAAUUGAGGGGCUUAUAAGGGGAGGCUUAUAAUUGGGGGCUAUAACUGGGGGAGGCUUAUAAGUGGGGGGCUAUAACUGGGGGAGGCUUUUAAGGGGGGCUAUAACUGGGGGGCUUCUGGGGGGGGAGGUUUAUAGGUGGGGGGCUAUAACUGGAGGGGCUUAGAAGUGGUGGAGCUUAUGAGUGUCCGUUUAAGGUACCUUGGAUUUAAUUUCUUUAAAAGGUUGGCUGGGCGAGGUGGACCAAAUCGCCCAACAUGGUGGAUGUGAUGUGCUUGAAGGAACAAAAUGGGUUGCGAAUCUUUGGUUAACGUUAGUGGGUGAACCUGGUACUGGUGAUGCAUUCAAGGGAUGGAUAGACUACGGCAAAGAUGAAACAAAAUUUCAACCAGGAACAGACUGGGCAGGGAAGCCUAUAAAGACAGGCGUCCAGAGAGAGAAUGCACAGGAAAGCAAAGAGAAGAAGAAAGUAAAAAGGGGAAAAGUGAAAUGGAGGAAGACAAAGAAAUGAAUAAGAAGAAAAAAAUUGAGGAAGCUAAAUUAGAAAGUGGUGAUGGAUCAUAUGAUGUUAAACUGGAGCUGUAAACGCAGACAUAGAAAAGAUUUGGAAGUUUUGAGGCUAAUUUUAAAAGUUAUGCACUUUUAGUAUUUGUUGUUAG